AUGGGUUGCGGUGGCUCCAAGGAGGCCGUGGCCACCGGCAACACCAGCGCCGGCGGCGGCAGCAAGCUCCUCCGGAGGAAGUCCUCCGUCGUCUCCACCGGCGCAAGCCACACCUCCUCCACAUCGUCGUCGUCGUCCUCCGGCAACACCGGCGGCGUCGCCGUCAACGACGUCGUGAAGGAUGCGGUGGUAGCAGCCGGCGAGCCCAAGGCGGACGCCGCCUGCGAGGUGACGUCCGCCGACGACGCCGAGAAGCCUCUCUCUGUCGACUCGAAGGCAGACACCAUCGUGGUGAUGUCCCUCGAGAAGCCCGCUGCUGCAGCCGUCGCCGUGGAGGCCAAGAAAGAGGAGGAGGAGGUGGUGGUCCUUAAUAAGGAUGUCGCCGCUGACGACAUCGCUUCUGCUCCUAUUCCUGCCCCUGCCGUCGCUGCCGCUGCCGUCGUCGUGGAGGUCAAGAAAGAGGAGGCGAUGGUGGACAAUAAGGACGACGUCGCUUCUGCUCCUAGUCCUGCCGCCGCCACCAUGGCGAUCGAAGCCGCGGCGGCUGAGCCAGUGGUGGAGGAGGAUCUGCUUCCUGAAUCCACCAUGGCCGACGAGGCACCUGUGGAGGAUGCCCCCGAGGUUGAGGAACAGGCCAAGGAGUUAGCACCACUCGAACUCAAACUCAAAGACGACGGGGAGGAGAAGACGGUUGAGAGCAAAAACGUCGAAGAGGAGGAGGAGCACAAGGCCACGUCGCCUGCUCCGACAAAUGAGGAUGGGGAAUCAGCUGGGCAGAUGCAGAACACCACGGUACCCGUGGAGGCCAAACCGGCGGUCGAUGAGCACAAGGCGGAGGACGCGGCCGUCGUCCCAGCGGCGCCGUCGGCGGAGGAGAAGACCACCGACGACGAACAGACCGCUGCCACCGUCGCGAGCGAAGCGCCCGCCAACUAA